AUGUCAGAGGGUCAGUCAGUUCUGUCGGAUGAUGGGCGAAAUGUCCAUUUUUUCGACGGUUCGACAGGUGACAUGCUGGGUGGGCUGUUUCAGAAUGGCUCAGUUACCCAAGCCAACUUUAUCGACAUGCUCAACAUCGUCUUGGUCGUUGUACCGCAACCACCUAUUGUAGCGCGCCCACUUACCGUCAAGGCGAGGUCCGGGCAAACUAUCUCACGAACCAGUCAACCACUGACGCCUGGAGAUUACGAUAUCUGUGUUUCUGAUGGCGACUCCAUUGAACUCAGUGAUGAACCGUUCAUGCGCCGACUCCCUUCCUACAGUAUUAGUGGUCGCGAGGUGGAUUUUAAGAAUGGUGUGCGGGCUAGGGACGGAAAGUGUGUCUUUACUGGGAUCGUUAACCCUCGCGCUCAUCUGAAGAAAUGGGCGGGCUGGGAGGCAUCUCACAUAUUCCCUCUUGAGAAGGAAAGCUAUUGGGUUGAAAGCAAUUUCAACCGAUGGAUCACCAAUGCGGACUCGGGGAACCAUUCUGCGUCCAUCCACUCGAUCCAAAACGGGUUCCUCCUUCAGUCACACCUACAUCAAUUGUUCGACGACUACUCAAUUUCGGUGAAUCCUGAUGAGAACUACAAGAUCACCUCUUUUAUUCCAGAUGUCGUUGGGGUAGAUGGAAGAACGCUUGACCCUGUGUGUCGAGACCCUGCCGACCCGAACCACAUCUCAGACCACCUCCUUCGCUGGCACUUCAGACAGAGCGUUCUCGGAAAUAUGAGAGGAGCCGGAGAGCCUUCGUUUGAGCACGACUUCCCAUCUGGCUCGGAUAUGCUCAAGGAGAUACGUGAGGGGCCAUUUCCGGUUGAGCGGUUCGAAAUGGAACUUUCGUCCAGACUGCGGGGAUGGGAACGACAUCAGAAUUUGGUUCAAUGA